UGAGCUCGCGCCGGUCGGCCCGGUGUGACAUCAAAGGCGCGAGGAUUUGAUUUGAAUUAAAAUGCUGAAAACUCAAAGUUAGUCAUGGCGAAGUCUGUGAAUUACAGACUUUGACUGCGACUUGAAUAAAUAUGUCGAGUGUCACAGAGUAAAUCGAGUCAGACCCAGCCAAAAAUAAAGGCACAAGAAAGCCUUUACAAAUAUUUCGUGUUGGCGUAAUAAAAGUGACUAGGGAGGAGGCCAGUCUCUGUGGUUGUCAUGGAAAUAUGAAGUGGACAUUGAGCUGCCGAGGGUCUUAAUAGUCAUUUUGGCUUCCUCCUCACCGACCGCCUCACAAUGUCGGACGGAGGACUGGGUUCGACCGUGGCUGUUUUCAUGGAACCGCAAGUGGAAAUUAUUUUAGACAACACUGGUUCCUUGACAGGGCCUGAUGAUAUUUUCGAGGAGGACUUAUGCUCCCCAUCUUCCUCCCUGUCCUCCUCCUCUUCCUCAGUCCCCACCGUUGGCUCCAUGCAGGGCAAAACGCUGUGCACGUCCUGCGGCCUGGAGAUAGUGGACAGAUACCUCCUCAAGGUGAACAACUUGUGCUGGCAUGUGCGCUGCCUCUCGUGCAGUGUGUGUCAGACGUCACUUGGGCGGCACGUGAGCUGUUACAUCAAGGACAAACAGGUUUUCUGCAAACUGGACUACUUCAGGAGGUACGGGACCCGCUGUGCCCGUUGUGGCCGAAACAUCCAUUCCACUGACUGGGUGCGUCGGGCUCGCAGCAGCACCUUCCACCUGGCUUGUUUCUCCUGCUGUUCUUGCAAACGCCAGCUGGCUACUGGGGAGGAAUGUGGACUGAUAGAGGACAGGAUCUUCUGCCGGUCGCACUAUGAAAUUAUGAUGGAGAACAUUAAACGUGCCCAGGAAAAUGAGAAAGCAAAAGCUGAAGAAACAGCAGAAUCAGACAAAGAUGGCUCCAGCACCAUGCCCAGACCGGCCAAGAGGGCCAGAACCAGCUUCACUGUUGACCAACUGCAGGUGAUGCAGACUCAGUUUGCUAAGGACAACAACCCAGACGCCCAGACUCUUCAGAGACUGGCAGAGAGGACCGGCCUCAGCCGCAGAGUUAUUCAGGUUUGGUUUCAGAACUGCCGCGCUCGUCAGAAGAAACACAUCAGCCCAAAUCCUGUCUCCUCAACAAUGAUGACAUCACUUCAUCCUGGCCAGCUGACACCACCGCUCUUGGAGGACCUGCAAUACACAACCUACAUUUCCCCAGACACGCCUCUUCUCACCACGUUGACUUAUAUGGAUGUCCAAACUUCAAACCCAGUGUUGCUCCAGCCUGUCAUAUCCCAUUCGAUGACGCAGCUGCCAGUCAGCCACGCUUGAGACACAGCAUUUCCUUUGGAGAGACAAGAUUGAUGAUGAAGAGCAAAUCUCAACAUAUACCUACAAGGACUGGAUGAGUUUGAUCCAUAAACUAUCUGGCAUAAAAUGGCACUGAAUUUGUUAAGUUUAGAAAACAGAGUAAUUGAAUGAUUUGAUUAGCUUCUCACUGCCCCAUGUGUUACCAGACAUUAGAAAAAAAAAAAAAAAAGAAUGAACCUGUCAUGUCAGUGAAUUGAUCCUGUUCAGUCCUAGAGGCAUUUCCAGA